AUGAGAGGAUGGGAGGAUACCCUGCUAUGCGAUCCUAAGAACCGACUAGCAAUUUCGAGCCUGGCGAAAAGCCCAUACUCGCAAGUCCUCACCAGCCAGGCGGCGGUAAGGUCCGACAUCCAGGUAUUCAACGUCUGCAUUCCUCUGGAAGGCGCCCCAAUAACCAAUCAACGCUCUUCGGGCCGUUGCUGGCUCUUCGCAGCGACUAAUAUCUUCCGCGUGCCGCUCAUGAGGAAAUACAACAUUUCCGAGUUUGAGCUCAGUCAGGCAUACCUCUUCUACUGGGACAAGAUCGAGAAGGCCAACUGGUUUUUGGAGAAGAUAAUAGAAACUGUCAACGAGGACGUGUCUAGUCGAUUGGUGCAAAAACUCCUGGAAGAUCCGGUAACGGACGGAGGACAGUGGGAUAUGCUGGCUAACAUCGUGCAAAAGUAUGGCCUAGUGCCGCAUGCAAUUUACCCGGAUACCUUCAAUGCCCAAAAUAGUAGUAAGAUGAACUGGUUGAUCACUGCGAAGCUGCGCGAGCAGGGAUUGGUGUUACGGCGAUUGGCGAAGAGCCCGAGUGCGAAGGAACGAGAAACGCUGGCAGAGACCAAGGAGGCGUUCCUGCAAGAAAUUCAUGGUCUGGUCACCAUCAUGCUGGGUCCCCCACCCAACCCUAAGGAACCAUUUGUUUGGCAGUACUACGAUGCCAAUGGACGGGCUCAGGAAAUAUGCGAAACCCCACGAGCAUUUGCCAGACAGGCCACCGUGCAACUGAACCGUGCUGAAGUUAACCCCAAUAGAAUGUUGAGCUUAGUCAAUGAUCCGCGCAACGAGUAUGGCCGUCUUCUGACGGUAGACAAACUUGGAAACGUGGUGGAGGGACGUCCUAUUACAUACAUCAAUGUAGACCUGAAGACAAUGAAAUCAGCCGCCAUUGCAAUGCUUCGAGCGGGACAUCCCAUCUUCUUUGGAUGUGACGUGGGCAAGUUCUACGACGCCAACCUAGGAGUCAUGGAUACCGAACUGCUGGACCUCGCACUGGGGUUCAAUGUUACACUGGGUAUGAACAAGGCGAGCAGGCUGGAAACCGGAGAGUCAUCCAUGACACACGCCAUGGUACUAACCGGAGUGCACAUCGAAGGAAACAAGCCUGUUAGAUGGCGAGUACAGAACUCCUGGGGGGAAACUGUUGGAGACAAGGGCUGGUUUGUCAUGUCCGAUCGAUGGAUGGAUGAGUAUACGUAUCAAAUGGUCGUUGAUUCCCGGUUUGUUUCCAAGGAGGUGCAAGAUAUUCUGGGCCAGAAGCCAAAGGUCCUGCCUCGAUGGGACCCGAUGGGCGUCCUGGCAUGA